ACUAACCUCAACCUCUCUCUUUGUUUCCGUGUAAUUUUGGAGAUACACAGGACCCGAUAUGGGGAAGGUAAAGUGUUCGGAGCUGAGGACAAAAGACAAGAAGGAGCUGUUGAAGCAGCUUGAAGAACUCAAAACUGAACUCACCAACCUUCGAGUUGCCAAAGUCACUGGAGGAGCGGCUUCUAAGCUAUCCAAAAUCCGUGUGGUUAGGAAAGCUAUUGCUCGUGUCUACAUUGUUAUGCACCAGAAGCAGAAGGAAAAUCUGAGAAAAUUAUUCAAGAACAAGAAGUACAAGCCCCUGGACCUGAGGCCCAAGAAGACAAGGGCAAUGCGAAGGGCUCUCACCAAACACGAACGCAACAUCAAGACAAUGAAGGAAAUCAGGAAGAAGCAAGCUUUCCCCCCAAGGAAGUUUGCUGUCAAAGCCUAAUUAUUAAAUUGUUUUAAUAAAAAAACUUAAACUUUUUA